AACGAAAACACACCUUCCUCACAGGAAGCGACGGUUUUGAUCAGAUCAGAAAUGAGUUCAGUUGCCUUAGCAACUAACCAGAAGACACACACACACACACAAAGAAAAAAAAGCCACCCACUCACAUUCAAGUUUUAUGCUGUCAGAAGGAACCAAAAUGGAUGAGCUCGAUUUGCUGUUAGAGGAGCUGGCCCUGAAUCCAGCGGGUUCAGACAGCGUCCCUGAGAAAAAGAGCAACGAUGCAACAAAAAGAGAAGUGCCAAGUGACGUUUGUGUUGGAACUACCAAAAAUGGAAAAGUCUCAAACUCCUCAAAUGUGUACAGUGAUGUUCCAACUCCUGUGCCAGCUUUUGUGGAACCCGACUCACCGACUCAGGAGCUGGACUUAAUCUUGCAAGACCUGAUGGGUCUAGCUCAAGGGGAUCUAGAACCUCCAACUGACCCACCAUCACUUACACAAAAAAAGCAAACAGAAGGUGGAAAACAGGCGAGCAGCAGCAGCAGCAGCACUCCAGCGGCUUCAGAUGGAAAAGCCACAACGCAGAGAAAGAAAACGGAUAUGAUAGAUGACCUGCUGGGAGGGUUGAGCACUGACUUGGAGAAGAUCGGUGUACGGACCACAGCCAAGGGCCACUGUGCUUCCUGCAACAAAUGCAUUGUAGGAAAGAUGAUCACAGCACUGGGUGAAGUGUGGCACCCUGAACACUUUGUGUGUGCGGUGUGUAAGAUGGAGCUGAGCACCACAGGCUUCUUUGAGAGAGACGGACGGCCGUACUGCGACAAAGACUACCAUCAGCUCUUCUCACCACGCUGUGCCUAUUGCAAGGGGCCUAUUAUGCAGAACAUCGUGACAGCUCUGGACCAGACCUGGCACCCGGAGCACUUCUUCUGCGCACACUGCGGAGGCUUGUUUGGAACGGAAGGUUUCCUAGAGAAGGAUGGGAAGCCAUAUUGUUGUAAGGACUUCUACUACCUCUUUGCUCCAAAGUGCUCGGGCUGUGGGGAGUCGGUGCGGGAGAAUUACCUGACUGCAGCCAAUGGCACCUGGCAUCCAGAGUGCUUCGUCUGCGCGGACUGCCUGAAGCCCUUCACUGAUGGAUGUUUCAUGGAGCUCAAUGGUCGUCCCCUCUGCUCGCUUCACUUUCACUCCAGGCAAGGCACUGUGUGCGGUGGCUGCGGAAAGCCCAUCGUCGGCCGCUGCAUCUCCGCGAUGGAUCGCAAGUUUCACCCCGAGCACUUUGUGUGUGCCUUUUGUCUGCGGCAGCUCAGCCAGGGCAUCUUCAAGGAGCAGAAAGGGAAACCAUACUGCUCAGCUUGCUUUGACAAACUCUUUGUGUGAGAUUUGCACAUGAGUAAGAUGUAAAUAAUACAAAGCAACAACAAAAACAACAAAACAUUCAAAUGCUACAUUACCGUCUUUGUUGAGUUUAGACCGUCUCGUCUGUGUAUGAAUGACAAAAUAAAAUGAAGCAAUUGUACAGUCCCUA